ACGGAGAGUGGCCACGAGACUCACCAGGACCUGUGCUGAAUCUUGCUGCACAAGAUGACAGCAAGAGACGGGCCCCAAGAUAGGUACAAAGCUGUAUGGCUGAUCUUCUUCAUUCUCGGCCUGGGAACACUGCUGCCAUGGAAUUUCUUCAUGACCGCCAGGGAGUACUUCAUCAGCCGUCUCGCAGACCCGGAAGAGAAGAGCCGCAGCCGGAACCAGACUGGUGAGGCUCCUGCGUCCCCAUCCUACCUGCAGUCCAUGUUUGACAACUUCAUGACUCUCUGCGCCAUGGUGCCCCUCCUCAUAUUCACCUGCCUCAACUCCUUCAUCCACCAGCGGAUUCCCCAGCAGAUCCGCAUCUCGGGCAGCCUGGUGGCCAUUGGGCUGGUGUUUUUAGUCACUGCAAUCAUGGUGAAGGUUGACAUGGAGCCUCUUCCCUUCUUCGUCUUUACCAUGAUCAGCAUCGUCUUCAUCAACUCCUUUGGAGCCAUCCUCCAGAGCAGCCUCUUCGGGCUGGCAGGGCUCCUGCCUGCCAGCUACACAGCUCCCAUCAUGAGUGGGCAGGGCUUGGCAGGCACCUUUGCUGCUUUGGCGAUGAUCUUCAGUAUUGCCAUUGGUGCCCAGCAGCCCGAGAGCUUCAUCGGUUACUUCACCACGGCCUGUGUGGCAAUCGUGCUGGCAAUCUUCUCCUACAUCCUUCUGCCUCGCAUGGAUUUCUUCCGAUACUACUCCAUGAAGGACAAGACGGAGUACAGUGUGUACAAUGCGGAGCUGGAGACCAAGAGAGACCUGAUUAAAAAAGAUGAGCCCAAUGGGAUGGAACAGAAUAACUCAAAGGUCAUCCCUAUCCACAACCCUGAUGAGAAGCCCUCGGUCAUUGCUAUUUUUAAGAAGCUCUGGGUCAUGGCUGUGUCUGUCUGCUUUGUCUUCACUGUCACCAUCGGUGUCUUUCCUGCUAUCACAGCUAAGGUGUCCACUGUCCUCGGAGAGGGAAACAAAUGGGGUUUCUACUUCAUCCCUGUCUCCUGCUUCUUGCUCUUUAAUGUCUUUGACUGGACAGGACGGAGUCUCACUGCCCUCUUCACAUGGCCCGGGAAGGACAGCUGCCUCCUGCCAGUGAUGGUGGCCCUCCGUGUCAUCUUUAUCCCUCUUUUCAUGCUGUGCAACGUGCAACCCCGUGACUACCUGCCUGUUGUGUUCUCUCACGACGCCUGGUACAUCGUCUUCAUGAUCUUCUUCUCUGUCUCCAACGGCUACCUGGCUAGCCUCUGCAUGUGCUUUGGGCCCAAGAAAGUGCUUGCCCAUGAAGCAGAGACAGCUGGAGCUGUCAUGGCCUUUUUCCUGUCACUGGGCUUGGCCUUAGGAGCUGCUGUCUCCUUUCUGUUCCGAAUUCUCAUCUAGCAGAGGUACCUGGAGGGCGCAGGGACACCCAGAGACGGCUCUGCAUCCUCCUCCCAGACCCUGGACACCUUGGCGCCGUGGGGAGAUAACCCCUCACGCUGCCCCUGCCAAACCGCACUGCCACGGCAGAUGUUAGACCCAGGGACAGUUCCACUCCUGCAGGACUGGCCUGGCUCCUGCCAUGCUUGGCUGUGUGAUGCCUUCAGGCCUACGUGCCUUCUCCUUCCCUAUGCUGUGUGUGUGUAAGACCCCCGGGAUCUUGCAGAGGUCCAGCUGCCUCCCACGCUGUGUAAUUUCCCCAGCUCUAGGCCAAAAGCCAUUCCCAGCCUCCUCCUCUUGAUAGAGCUGAGGGCUGGUAUCCAGUGUUACUCCUCACUUGCCCUUGUCCCCAAGGCACCGAGGGACGUGCUCUCCUCUCCUUGCAGGGGGCUGGGAACAUCCCACUUCUGCUGCUGAGACUGCAAGCAGGCAGGAGAGCCCCAGCCAGCCUCCCAUCCCUGCUGUCUGCUCGGUGCACAUCCCACUGCCCAGCAGCAUCCCUGAGCAUAGACGUGUGUCCUACCCACAUAAAGAGCCCACACCGUGGCUAGGCUGAGGGAGGAGGGGGUCUCCACACCCCACCUUCUCACCCUCUCCUUGCCUUUGUCCCCCUACUUUGUGUGUGUGUGAUUGUUACUGUGUUUCUGCUUCCUGGUUGUGUGACCGGAUGUCCCACUGCGGGCUGCAAGAGGAGAGGCAGCAGCUCCCUUCCCACCCAGGCUGCCCGCUCUGUGCCCGCCUGAGCUGCAGGGGGAGGCCUCACCUUCCCCUUGGCUUCCCCAUCCCUCAUCUGUGUACACGCGUCUGUACAGUUGCCGUUUUCUAUAAAAACACUGAAACACC